AUGGCCGCCACAGAGGCCGACGAGCGGCUGUUAGAGGACGAGCUCGAGGCGCAGCUGGCCGCGCAGCGCGCCACGCUGGCGGAAGUGGACGCGCUUCUCCAGGCGGAACCCUCCCCGGAGAUCGCGGAGGUGCGCGGAGAGCUCGCGGAGGCGGUGGCCGCGAGCGAGGCGAGUCUGCUGCAGCUGAAGCGGCAGCGGCUGUUGCGCCACGUGGACAGACUGGCGGAGGGGCUUUCGGCGGAAGGGGCCGCGCGCGGCGCAGCUGGAGAAGAUCGACGGGCAGAAGCGGCCAGCGCGGACGGGACGGAUAUGGGCGGAAGGAACGGAGGGGAAGGGCGCGCGGAAGGCGGAGGGGGGGAAGAGCCAAAGAGGAGUGAAGGGGAGGAGGGGAACGAGAGGAAAAGGGGAGAGUGCGGGGUGAGUGUGGGGCAGCGGUGUCUGUUCCGCCACGUGGACGGCAGGUGGUAUGCGGGGGAGGUGCUUGCGCUCGAAGGGGCGGAGGACGAGCGGGGGGAUGGGGAGGGCGGAGCAGAAAAGGUUGCUGGCAAUGGGGAAGGGGAGUGUGGGGGAGACAUUGGGAGGGCGGAAGGAGAAGAGAGGGGGAGUGAGGGCGCGGGUGCAGGCGAGGGAGGCGCGGAUGGGGAGGGUGGCGGGGAGGAGAGAGUGGGGUUGGGGUACGUCUCAGGGACAGGUGAAGAGGUUCGAGGGAAACAGGCGGAGUGGGAGGGGAGGGGGGAGGAAGGAAGAGAGGGGGACGGGCGGGGGAGAAGGGGGGGAAGGAGCAGCAGGCGGGGAGGGCGGCGACUGGUGCGCGUGGGGUUCCUGUACCCCACAACCCGUGCGCACCAGCUGUGCCGCUUCUUCCUCUCGCGCACCUGUCACUUCCACCAUCGCUGCCGCCACUCCCACGGCCGCCUCCUCCCCCUUUCCUCCCUCCGCGCCCUCCCCCCUCCCCCCUGCCCGCUCUCCCUCCCCCCCGGUUCCUCCGUCCUCGCCUCGUCCCCCCCGCCCCCACUGACCCACGCCCUCACCCGCCUCUGGGAGCAAGCAGAGCUCCAAUCACAUCACGCCACGUGUCCGGGAGCAUCAGCAACAUCGGCACCACAGGCAUCAACAGCCGUGCACCUACCGACAUGCGCCUGCACAUGCACAGUCACUCUCGUGCGCGACGGCUCUUCCUCCUCCCUGCCCCUCUCCUGCCUCGUUUCCCUCUCCUUCCUCCACUCCCUCCCGCAUGCCGCUGAGACCGCUCCUCCGUUGGUCCCGGGGUCGGUGGGGGACAGCCGUGGCUCUGGUAGUGACAGCAGUAGCACUGGCAGUGGCAGCAGCAGCAGUGAGGAGAGUGCCGAGGGGUAUGAGUCUGAUGACGAGAAUGAUGGUGGUGCUGGUGGUGAUAAUCCAUCCGCCGUGUCCCCUUUUGCUGCUGCAGCAUCGCUCGCUGCCUCCCUGCAGCACGCGCACGCAGCAGCAGCAGCGGGCCCUCAGAGCGAGACAGUGGCGUUUGCAGCGUGGGAGCAGCACACACGCGGUGUGGCAUCGCGGCUCAUGGCGCGCAUGGGCUUCCAACGCGGUGCCGGGCUCGGCAGGGACGGUGGGGGCAUCACCUCCCCUGUUGCCGUGCGGGCAGGGGGAGAGAGGCGAGGGGCGAAGGGCGGUGCGGUGGGUGGUGCUGGGUUGGGGGCGGAAGAGGAGGGUAAGGGUGGGGCGAGGGAUGGGAGUGGGGGUGGUGGGGGGGAGGGGAAGAAGAGGAAGAAGAGUCGGGGAGGGGAGCGGGCAAGGAACAGGAAGAGAAUAGCGGCUGAGAGAGAGGUGGCAGCAGCAGCAGCGGAGGAAGAGGGGGGUGGGGGGAGAGGAGACGUGUUUGAUUUUAUUAACGUGCACUUGGGCGACAGAGAGAGUGGCGAGGGUGAUGGGGCAGGGAGAGUGCAUAGAGGAGGGAAUGGGAGGGUGUGGGAGAGUGAGUGUGCUGGGGGCGGUGUCAGCCAGAGCGAGACGAUGGGAGGAGUGGGCCGGGGAGGAGUGCGAGGGGCCAAGGCACCAGGGGCGGCAACAGCUGCUGGAGCUAUGCCAGGGGCAGGAGGGAAGGGGCGGGAGGAGGAGCGGCGGGAGCUGAUGCAGCAGGAGGAGAGGGUGAGGGAGGUGCGGGCGCGUGUGGCGCGGUACGAGGAGAUGGCUCAGCGCCAUGCACGCGACAAGGUGACGCUGGCUGCCGUCCACCGCAAGCUGGCUGCCGCCCGCGAGGAGCUCAGGCGCGUGCAGGGGGGGUGGGACUCGGCACACUCUAGUGCAGCCCAGAAGGAGGCCCUGCGGAAAUGGACCAAGUUCUAG